ACACCACCACAACCACAACCAUGCGCCUCGCUGCCGCCCCGCUGCUCGCGCUCCUCUCGCUCGCGUCCGCGCGCUUCGUGUUCGACGACCCCUUCCAGGGCAAGAUUGUACCCCGCGGCCUGCCCGUCGUCGACGGCGAGGGCGAGGUCGGCACGCUGUCGUCCUGGAGGUGGUCCGACUGCGGCCUCCCCUCGGACGCGAUCACCAUCGAGUCCAUCUCCGUGUCCCCUGACCCGCCCGAGCCGGGAAAGAACCUCACGGUCACGGUCGAGGCCACUGCCAACGAGGUGGUCGAGGAGGGCGCUUAUGCCGACGUGACGGUCAAGCUUGGGUUGAUCAAGUUGCUCCAGAAGCGGUUUGACGUGUGCGAGGAGGCCCGCAACGCCAACGCAUCCGUCCAGUGCCCCGUCCAGCCAGGCCAGUACACCGUCGUCCAGACGGUCGAGCUCCCCGAGGAGAUCCCCAAGGCCAAGUUUGUCGUCAACAUCCGCGGAUACACGGUCGACGAGGACGAUCUUGCGUGUCUCGACCUCGUUGUGGACUUUGUCACUACCCCCGCUUAGAAGAGCACUGCACGCGACCCAACUGCACACACCCGCGCACACUUCAUUGAUGCUUGACCAUUACCGAAUCGAUGCACUUCAUGUUUCCUGUGCCGCGGGCGUCGGGGAACAAGCUACUGCCAUGGCUGGAG